ACAAGUCGAACGUAGUUCGUUCUUUAAACAAUAUCGAUUAUAAAAGCAUGACUGUCAUACUAUUUCCAAGUAAACGAUUUUGUAGAAGAUUCAAACCAUUUCAUGACAACUUUGAUAAUUGCAUGGUUUACGGAUAUCCGAAACGCCCAUUCCGUUACCAGUCCAUAAUUUCGUGAAUCGGUAAUCACCUUCAAAUCUUGAAUAAAAACUCAUCAGCAUGGGAUCCUUACGUAGAGUGUUCUCCCUGCCAAAAUGAAGUACUUUGAGCUGACUGAGCCGGAAGCCGCUAUGCCGUUGGCUCUUCGCUUGCUGGAGACCUAUGGAUUACGCGGAGGAAAGCGGAAGUUUUUGCAGUUUCAAGUGACGAUUCUGUGGGAACUGCUGAUGAUAGUGAUUCCCAAGAUUGUCUUCGGUUAUCGCAGUCAGGAUUUGGUGAUAAGGGGCCUGUCGGAGCUACUGUUUCAGUUGCACAUCAUGAUUCGGAUUUCCAUAUUUGCGUGGCACCGAUUCAAAUACGAAAGUUUGAUUGACAUAAUCCGGAAAGUUUACAGAAAAACGUUUUCCACUGGAGGAGAUCCGACCUCGAAAUCCAUCAUCUUAAAAUUCAACCAAAUGAUCAACAAGCAAUCCAAAGGGUACUUUCUGUAUAUUAUGGGAUGUGUCAGCUUGUUUUCUGUGGCUCCGGUGGUUCAAAGUGUAAUAAUUUUCAUGGCAAAUCAAAGUCGAAAUGGAACCGAGAAAGCCGAAUAUGUUACGAUGAUGGAACAAGAAUUCUACGGUUUGGAUAUUCGAGGAAACUUUGGACACUACGCUAUUUACGUUGCCCUGGCAGGAUUAGCGCAUUACUACUCAGCGUCGUUUUUUGCUGUGACCGGUGUGAUAAUUAUAUGUGGAGUCCGCUGCACGAUUUUAACUUUCAAAUUGAUAAACGUGCGACUCAGCAAGCUGCACGAACUUCCGAAGCAAGAUAUUCGCGAUGAACUUAGAGAAAUUAUCGACCUUCAUGUGGAUGCUUUGAGGUGCAUCCAGCUUUUGGAACAAAUCGCUAAUUUGGCUAUGGUUAUUCAGAUCAUCGACUGCGUUCUGAUUUGGAUUUCUAUGAUUUUGUAUAUGAGAAAUAAUCUGGGUGUUGACGCCAUUAGUCUAAUGGUGCUUUUCGUGGCACUUACCGGAGAGACCUAUGCCCUAUGUGAUCUUCUGACUCAGCUCACCAGUGAGAGUUUAGCAGUGACACGAGCCAUUAUUGACUGCCAGUGGUACAGCUUGCCAUUGGAUGUUCAGAAAUCGUUGUCGUUUGUUUUAUUCAGAGCCCAACGCAAAGAAGGUAUCACAGCAGCAAAGUUUUUCUUCAUGGACAUUGAACGCUUCGGAAGUGUGGCUCAAACUUCAUAUUCAAUCUACGUUGUACUAAAGGAUCAGUUGUAACGUUUUUUUUUAUCCUAGGAAGAAAUUUACUUCUGACCAAUCAUUUGGAUAAAAUUGACAAAAUAUUUUAUGCAUACGUUCGAUUUGAAAUUAGAUUAAAAACUAUUUUUUGUUACUA